GAUUCGCUAACAGUCGAGUGUCAGUGCAAAAAAGCAUACGAGAUGGUCGUUUCGUACAUGUUGGUGAAGGCUACGCUGUUGCUGCUCUACUUGGCCACCGCUUUGGCGUACAUAUUGAACGAUGGGUCCAAUACGAGAUCUCUACCUUCCAACUGUGUGGAGGCAGUGCGCUUUGCAGGUUCGAACGCUAAAAGCGACAUCUACCAAAUACGCUUACCGUUAAAGGGUUGGGAAGAUCGACCCUUCUACGUUUACUGUUUACUCGAUGGCAAUGGUGGUGAGCCCUGGUUGUUGGUGCACCGUAGACAGAGCGGACACAUCGACUUCAAUCGCAACUGGAAUGAUUAUAAAGUUGGCUUCGGAAACUUGGAGACAAAUUUCUGGAUUGGUCUGGAUAAACUGCAUGCGCUCACACAAGUGCAACUCAAUGAGCUACAAAUCGAAUUGCAUGAUUUCAAGGAUACCGUUAAGUACGCCCACUAUGAUAGUUUCGCGGUAGGCGGGGAAAACGAAAAAUACGCUUUGAAUAUUUUGGGAAAAUAUUCUGGAAGUGCAGGCGAUUCCUUGCUCGGAUAUCAUGAUGGCCAAAAGUUCAGUACAUACGACCAGGAUAACGAUAAUACGACUGCGAAUUGUGCGGAGUAUUUCAAAGGUGGCUGGUGGUACAAUAGGUGCCUCUUUGGUAACCUAAAUGGCGAUUAUCUGAACAGCACUCAGACAUCAAAUUGGAGAGGUAUCAUCUGGGAUUCAUGGCACGGUCAUUUUUAUUCGUUGAAAUAUACGCACAUGGCUAUAAGGCCAAGAUAUAGUGCUGACAUAAGUGUAGAAAGAUGUUGAAAUGAUAAAUGAAGACUAAUUCAAAAGUCGUAACUCAUUUCGUUUAACAUUUAACAGAAAUUAAAUGAAAUAAUUAAUAAACAAAUAAAUUAUUCGUUGAUCAUGUUGCUGAUGUUUGGCUGAAAGAGAUAUAUUCUUUCUACUUCUGUUUUUAGCAGAUCCGAGAGUGUUCUCGAAAUAAAUCAAAAAAUCAAAUGCA